GUGGAUAAAACACACAGCACUGCACACACACAGACAGACAGACAGACAGACAGAAGGAUCAGUAACACUGUGUGUGUCUCAGUCUGAGGACUUAAACACCGGAGUAAUGAGGAGAGUCCCACUUACUCACUUUCUUCUCUUCUUCUUCAGCUCAGUUUCGGGUGGCGCUUCACUGCCCCGAGCUCAGAAUUUGACCUGGACAUCGUUAAACUUCAAAACUGUCCUGACCUGGAACGCCGUCUCAGACCACACACACACUGUCGAGUUCUCACAGGUAGAGACAGACAGACGCAGGAAUCCUCACUGUAUCAGAAUCUCUCACCCAGAGUGUGACCUCACAGAUGACCUCACUGAACUUAAAGAUACUUACACUGCAGACGUGUUAACUGAGGUCAUGACCUUUGACUCCAUGGAUCUCCCGUUCACUCAGUCUAAACGAUUCUGCCCUUAUGAAGACACUGUACUGGGAGCUCCACCGUUCAGGGUUGAGUUGAAUGAGAACGAUACAAUUGUGCUACACAUCACUGACCAGCAGACGGCGCUGUACAGAGACGGACGCCACCUCACACUCCGAGACGUCUUUAAACACGACCUUAAAUACAGUAUCGUCCACUACAAAGCAGGAAGCACAGGAACGAAGAAGAUUGUGGUGCCAGACGGUGAGGUGGUGAUGAGUGAUCUGGAGCGAGGGCCGAGUUACUGUUUCAGGGUGUCGGUGUACGUCGCCUCCCGCAGGAGGAGCAGGAAACUGUUCAAGUGGACUUUACCCAAGUGUUCACCUGCAGUGACCUUUGACCUCUUCGCAGAGUUUGACCCGGUUCUGUUGAUUUCUGCUCUUGUGGUCAUUGUGAUGUUUCUGGUCGCCGUAAUCGUUGCGAUUGUCUGCUGCUGCAGACGGAGACGACGAUUGCAGCAGACGAGGCGGGAGGAGAAGGAGGAGUGGGAGGGGGAGGAGACUCAGGUCUUUAAAAACAUUUAGAGGAAACCUCAGUCGUCAUGUGUUCACCUGAGAGCUGCUUCUUUUAAACUGAGCAGAUUAGAACAUGUGUAUACACACACACACACACACUAUAGCACACACUCAGUGUUUUAUAUAUAAUAACAUUAUUAAUGUGCAACACAGCGAUGAUUAAAAUACACACAUUUAAAAAAAUCUUUUAUAUUUUAUAGCGUUUUAUAGUUUAGUCUUUAUGUGUAAAUAUUGAGGAGCUGUAAAUAAACACCUUAUUUAUUUAUUCCACAAGUGUAAAUACAGGUCUGUGUUUUAUGCUGUAUUUGUUGGAUAUAAUUUAUUU